AUGGUGGAGCGGAUUUGCCGCGGAUAUCUUGAAGGUACCGACCGUUCGGACGUGUCCCUUGUUUUAUGGAAAAGAGGUUGGUCGAGCGGUCACACGGCUAGAUAUAAGUUUGAAUUUGGAAAGGGGCGGAUGGGAAGGAACGCCGGGAUUCAGUACGUUCUCCACCGCUAUACCGGAUACGUUAAGGGAAUUCAUAUUCUCAUUACUGCAUCCGCUGGGGCAGAUAUAUGGGACUGUUGGCUUAAAUCCUCAACGGAUCUGAUUCACCUCGGAAGACGUACAGACGUUUCGGACUGGAAUAUAAAGUCAGGCGCUCUUAUGGAAGAGGAGGAGAUUGAGGACGAAUAA